AUGUCAGCCAAAGCAGCUUAUAAAAACGCAUUAAAGUCGAUACAUUUUGUUUUCAAAAAUGAUAUACCGGUGCAGCAAGCAGCGAAACUGCAAGUGAAGUCGGAAAUGAUGGCCAAGUCGCAACUAUCUGACCCGCACGAGAUCCAAGAGGCAGUAGAGAAAUUAAACGCCGUGAGCAAAUUCCUCGUGCAGAAUCUUGUGCAGGGUGAAUUGCAGCUGAACGGGAGGUAUUUCCUCAAUUUCCAUGAUCAGACUGAGUUGGGAGACAAUGAAAGUAUAAAGAAUAGCAAGAGUGAGAUGGGCAGUUUGAGCGGUGCCAGGGGAAAGAGUAUACGGGGUAGUGCUGCUUCAAAGUGCUCCUGA